UCUGCGUAAUUAAAAGUAAUUCAGUGCCGCGCAGGUAAUCAUUAUCAAUGCCCGCUCGCCUGUGGGCAGCUGCCUCAGAAAUUUCAACGUAAACAGACAAAGCCAAACGCUUCUGCUACCCCUUUACUUUGACAGGCAGCUUCGAACAAUACGACGAACACGGUACCGAACAAGAUAAGGGCCCGAUAAAGUUCACUGAAUUAUUAGUCCCUAUAAGAGCGGACAAGUCUAGAAGUUUUACACUACGCGAACGCCGAGAAAUCUGACUCAUAUAUGAGGUAGAGAAAGCCGGAGGAAACCGGAUGUCAGGUGACCCAGAAUGGCAGUCAGCUGAUCAAGUGCUACUCCCAGAAUAGUUGCGGCUCACCAGUUGUUGUACCCAAAGAAUUACCGCACAGUGCCAGUGCCACACACAACAAAUGAGUCACUCAUCCGAAGUGGGGAUCUGCUAAGAGACUCCCAGCGCUGAAUGUUUCCCGCUGACGAACAUGGAUUCUCUGCGCAGGAGUCGCAGUCUGAGUGACAGCCCCAAGUUAACCUCUGAGCGCCAGCGCCUUCUGUCCCCAUCUCCUAACUAUGGUACCCGACUUUGUGAGUUCCCCAGCCCUGAGGAGAUACAGCUCCGCCGACGACUCAAGUACUUCUUCAUGAGCCCAUGUGAUAAGUUUCGUGCCAAGGGUAGAAAGCCUUACAAGCUGGGUCUACAGUUACUAAAGAUCAUGUUUGUCACUGUGCAGCUGAUCUUGUUUGGACUCAGCAAUCAAAUGGUUGUCCAGUUUAAGGAGGAGAAUACAGAGGCCUUUAAACACCUGUUCCUUAAGGAUUAUACUGAUGAUGCUGAUAAAACCUAUGCUAUAUACACUCAGGAGGAUGUCUAUGAACACCUUUACUAUGCUGUGGAGCAGUACUUCUCACUGUCUAAUCAGACGACUGCUCGAUAUGCGUAUACUCAACAUUUCAACCAAUCCGCUCUCUCCGUGUGCCAGCAAUAUUACCGUAAAGGCCAUAUUGACCCAGCUAAUGACACCUUUAAUAUUGAUCCCCAGAUCAUCACAAGCUGCUUGUUUUUGGAUCCUGCAGAGCCAAGCCAAAACUACAAGAAUUUUACAAUUAAGUUUCACAAGCUAAUUAAUCUGACUGUGCAGUUCCAGUUAAAGGCUAUUAAUAUACAAACAAUAAUUAAUAAUGAGAUUCCAGACUGCUACACAUUUACUAUCACAAUUUUAUUUGAUAAUAAAGCACACAGCGGAAAAGUCAAGAUCCAGCUAGAUAAUGAUGCAACAAUCAAACAAUGCAAAGAUCCAAGUGUAUAUGGCCGAGGUGAUAAUCACUCUCGGCUGGCCUUUGAUGUCUUAGUGAUUCUUAGCUGCAUUCUUUCUUUUGUCCUGUGUGCACGAUCCAUUAUACGAGGCUUGCUUUUACAGCAUGAAUUUGCUCGGUUUGUGCAAUAUCGUCACAGUCUCACCAUAUCUAUCUCUGACCGUCUGGAGUUUGUGAAUGGCUGGUAUCUGCUGCUUAUCAUCAGUGAUGUCCUUACUGUGUCAGGCACAGUCAUGAAAAUCGGAAUUGAGUCUAAGACAUUUGCAAGCUAUGAUGUGUGCAGCAUCCUAUUGGGGACCUCAACUCUUCUUGUCUGGGUUGGAGUAAUCAGAUACCUAAGCUUUUUCCAGAAAUACAAUAUCCUCAUAGUCACACUAAGAGUUGCCCUCCCUAAUGUGAUCCGUUUCUGUUGUUGUGUCGCUGUGAUCUACUUGGGGUAUUGUUUUUGUGGGUGGAUUGUGCUGGGUCCCUAUCAUGUUAAGUUCCGCACACUCUCAAUGGUGUCCGAGUGCCUCUUCUCCCUUAUUAAUGGUGAUGACAUGUUUGUCACCUUUUCCGAAAUGCAAAAUAGCAGCUACUUGGUGUGGGCUUUCAGUCAACUCUACUUAUACACCUUUAUCAGCCUUUUUAUAUACAUGGUACUAAGUCUUUUCAUUGCCUUAAUUACUGGAGCCUAUGAAACUAUUAAGUGUCAGAAUUCAGGUGAUCCUAGUGGAGGCAAUGACAAUGCACUUUAUCAGUACAUAGCAGAAUGCAAAGACAGUCCCAGCUCUGGGAAAUUCCGCUCAGCAAACAGCACAGGUUGCUCUAUGUUUUGCUGCUGUACUCAACCGACCCAUUGUGAGGAAGAUUCAGCAGUCAUUAACUGAUGUCUACCAAUGCCACAUUCCUCUUGACUAGGGUGCUGCUGGAUUCUGAAUAGUGGGUGCUGUUGAUUUUAAUGCUAGAGUCCAGUGACUAUAUAUUCCACUGCAUUUAAGAAUGGUUUUUAUGGUGAGAUUGAAUGUGUUUUGGCCCAGCAUUCUGUAGAGCUUUUGGGGACUAGUUUACUACCUUUUUAAGCUGAUAUGCAAUUUAUAAGCCAUUUAUUUAUGUCAAAGCAGUGUGACCCCAAAGCUUGUCUAGUAUGAGCAUAUGACCAAGGGCCAGUAAGUGAGAGGCUUUCAGCUCACAUACCAACAGUCUCUUGUGGGGUUGCUGCUAACUACAGGUAUCCAUUAUUUAUAGAUUUAAAAGUAUAUAUUUUAUGAAGGUUUUUAAUUAUGGAGGAUAGUUUUUUAUGAAGGCGAGGAUGCGUGAAUGACUAAUGUCAGACAGAUAUACAUGGGAGGUAGGAGAAAUGUAAGUAAAAUAAAUAAAGGGAAUAGAAAGAGGGGUACAUUUGACUGGUUAUGAGUGAAUGAAAAAAAAGUGAAUGUAGAGUGAAAGUGUGUAUCUGGGAGAGAUACUGAUUGGUUUAUAAGACACAACCUCCCAGAUGCAGUACAAGUCAUCAAGGUGAUUUCAUGGUGCUGCUACCAAUUGCUUUAAGCAAGUGACACUUUUCUGUGGUUUUUUUUUUUUUUUACUCCAUGUUGUUUUUUUAACUAUUGUCUUGUACUAGAUUUAAAAUAAAAGUGUCACAGACGAUUCCAUGGAUAUUUGCAUCCAUAGUGUGGAAUCAAUGUCUAUUUUUUUCUGUUAAAUCAGAUAAAUGUGAUGCACGUGUAUGGACUUUUCCCUUUACUGCAGCUGUACAGUUGUGUAAAUACAGUAUGCUGCCAUAUUGGCCCUGUUUUGUUUGGUUUUAAAGAACUUCUACAACAUUCUACUACUGAUAAGAACAACACCAAAUAUUUAAUUACUUCAUAUAGAUUUAAAUAAAAUGUACUUAAACCCUCA